AUGCAUAUGCACAUCAUCAAAGUGCACUUUCACGUGCGGGGUCAGAUGGCUGCAGGCCACCUCAGACUACGAUCUCGAGGAGUUCCUCGGCGAAGGAGAGACUCCGCCGCCCACAUGUGGUCGCGGCCAGCGAGCGCCGAAGUCACGUUUCGAGAAAUGCGAGAAGACCUCGCUUCUGCGCAAUCGAAGAUGUGCUUUACGAAGAUCUUCAAUAGCUGCGUUAUUGCCAAAUCGCACGACCUAUCUUGGGUUUGGAUCGAUACUUGUUGUAUUGAUAAGACCAGCAGCGCGGACCUUUCUGAAGCUAUCAACUCAAUGUACAGAUACUACCGGGAUUCAGCAGAAUGCCUCGUGUAUUUAUCUGAUUUCUCAUACUAUCAGCCUGGAGCUUCUCGGGCUAAGAAACUGGAAGCCAUCGGCCAGAGUCGCUGGUUCUCGCGGGGAUGGACGCUGCAAGAGCUCAUUGCGCCCAAGAAGCGCCAUUUUUACGACGACAAUUGGGAAGUCAUCCCUGGGGGAGCAGAUCUAUUACAAACCCUCGCCCAGGCUGGGAACUUGCCGGUUACAAUCUUGGAGGACCGAAACCAGUUGCCGAAUAUCAGCAUCGCAGACCGCAUGGUCAUGGCUUCAAAGCGAACCACAACACGAGGCGAAGACAUGGCAUAUUGCCUGUUCGGCAUAUUCGAUGUCAAUUUGCCCAUUCUUUACGGCGAAGGCGCCAAGAAGGCUUUCCGCCGCUUGCAGCUGGAAAUCAUGGCAACCAGCCCAUUUGACCAGAGCAUCUUCGCUUGGCGCGCCGAUCGUCCGGACAGCGGGUUGCUGGCCAGUUCUCCCUCUGAUUUUGCCGACACGCCUUCCAUCAUGCAUUGGGUUUCCAAAUCCUUCAUCCCCUUUUCCAUGACCAACGUGGGCCUCUCAAUCAGCUGCACCCUUGCGGACGUGCCCGAAGAGGAAGAUACAAGUCCCUCGGCGCCAUCUAGGAAGAUUGACUAUGUGCUGGCGCCGCUUCAAUGUGAUCUCGCGGAUGAUGUAUCUUCAUCCGUGUGUCUCUACCUCAAAUAUGACCCGGAAUGCCACUUCCGCGUUAAUGAUAAAUGGCUCCCCGCGCAUCGUCGUGUCAAGUGUUCGGAAUGGAAGCUUUUGCCUCACAAAGCUAUUUUCCAUGCAAACUUGAAGCCUAUUGUGGUCUUGGAAGACGAGCAGUUCAGGCUCGUUUCACUUUCUUGA